UUCACCGCACUGCGAUGACGACCGUAACAGCGUGGUGGGAGACAACGCACGCCCUCACAACGUCAGCUGCAUACUGCCAAGCACAGUCAGCGCCCACUCUUGAGCUUGAACCUCGCCCAGGGUGCUGGCUCGCCUCGGGCAAAUCCCCCUGCUUUCUUCGCUGUGGCCGCACUUGCCUUCUGCUGGUCCGUCGCGAUGUGCCGCUCUUUCCUAGCUGCUCUGUUUCUCCUGGUUCUGGCUCAGAUCUCCUUUGCUCAAACUCUCAUUAACGGCCAGUACUUCACACGAGGACUGGCUAUUGUCGACUGCCCUGCGCCCAACAGCCAAUACCACGCUGGGAGUACCCUCCCAAUUGCUGUUGACGUGUCGGGAGAUGGCGCGUUGCCUAUUGCUGCUCAAGGGCCUGGCUCAAAUUUACCCACCAGGUUUCAAGAGCUUCAGAUCUACUUGGUUUCGUACGAUACCAACUUGAAUAUGACUAUAACCAAUGGCACGAGCCUCCUCACCCAAGAGGUGGGCAGCCCUGUUAAACACCUGAACUGGACGAUACCAUCGACUUUACCUUCUGGGAACUAUAAUCUUACGUUCUACGAAAACUCGGUUAUCUCGGAUGAGCCAUUUUACUCAAUCACGCCCUUGCUUAUAUCUAUCACCGGUGGAUCCUCAGACUCUUGCCCUUCUCAGAAUCCUGUUCUCCCUGCCCCGCAACCCUCUUCGCCUCCCGCUACUUGUCCAUGGCUCUCGCAGAGCUGUUCCUCAUCUGGCUCGUGCACAACAGUCGUGACUCUGCCUACCCCGACCACCUCAUCGAGAUUCUCCACAUCAGUGGCCCCCACAACUGUCACAAUCGUGAAGACGACCGCAAGCAUCUUCACUACCACGGUCUCUGGCACUCCUGAGACCCAAACAGUCACAAUUGAAUCCACGACAGUGGUAACUAUGCAACCCAGCUCUACCACUGGAUUUGUCCCGAUCAACGAGGGAACAUCAUACUCUUCCCGUAGUCUUGUCUUUUUGCUUUGCUCUGUUAUAGUUGCGUCGAGUUUGGUCUUGUUGAGUUAACAACAGCUUGUAU